UACUAGUAUUCAGGUGACCGAUAAGGCCUGUGGGUCUCUUGUUUUUAAUUAUUGCCGGACACAAUGUCACCCCAAUUUUGGACCAAACUGUCCUUAUAUGUCCGCCUGCACUUAAUGUCCGCCCAAUUUUUUGUCCAAACUGUCACAAUAUGUCCGCCUCUUACGACAAGCAAGUGGUUAAUCUCUACCCAUAGUUGUCGUUCCUUGCUCUCACGUGUAAGUGAGUGUAAGGAACGAUAACUCUGGGUAGAGAUUGGCAAGUGGUACUGAGGACCUAUUCUUACACGGGUCACCACGGGCUGAACGCAAGGUGUACAGUGCUGAACCCCGAGUCAUGUGACGGACAUGUCUGCUUCGGGUGGACAAGAAGUGUGAGGUGGUGAACCUUUAGUUAUGUUACAUUGCCGGGCUUGAUAAGUUGUACUAGCAUCCGUUUUUGUGCCCUGUCUUCUGGUACAUAUGUACUGAUAACAUUCAGUUUAUUGAGAUUUCCUUCAUUGUACAUGGAAUAUUUUAAAGUGUUCAUUAAGCAUUGUCUUUAAUCAACCAAUGUAAGUUACGAAGAAGCAUUAAAGAAAUUCUCGUUGAGUUUUUUUUUUUUUUUUUUUGCUUUUUUGUUGUUGUUUUUUUUUUUUGUUAACUUUCCGUUUUAUUGGUUAAGAUGUCAAUAUUUUUUCUCCGUGGAGCAAUGCCAAGUCUCGUUUAUCACUUUCAUAUGGAAUAGGUGCGUUAACAAUUUAAAUAAAUACGGGAAUUGGAUUUAAAUAUCGACACACGGGUUGUUAAAUACAUUGAUUGAACUAGUCAAUAGAUAGUUUGGUUUUUAAUUUCCACACUAAAUGUGGUCAUAAUCAACAUUACUUACCACCAAUUACUUUCAGGGUUUGUAUGUUUACCUCCGUCCCGUCGAGUGGAUUGACGUGUUCGGCGUAAAGAAACCCGAAUUUCAGUUCCAAGCAGGAGAUCCCAACAAGACGGUAACGUUUAAUUCGGUCAUCUAGAAGACAUUAAGAAGAGCACAAUAAACUGACGGGCUACAUGUGUGACGUUUUGUGAUUCGUUUCACCUGUGAAGCAUUGUGUAUAUACAGGAUGUGACGUUCUGUGCAUAUGGGAUGCGCUUUACAUGUGACUGAGUUGUGAUCUUAACAUGACAUCAUAUUAGUCCGGACUUUCACAAUGGCGAUUAUGUCCAGGACAGGUGUUGUCCAGGUGAUUACUGACGUCAUCGUCUUUAUAGCAGUGGUGACAUUUGCUUUGCUGUUUUCCUUCAACAAAUUGACAGUCAUACAGCCCUACAUGCGGGGUUUUUUCUGUGAUGACCAGAACCUGAUGUAUCCAUACAGAGAGGAAUCAAUCUCCACUAUCAUGGCCACCAUUUUGUCGACAGUGCCCCCUACCGUCAUAAUAAUAUUUACAGAGGCAAUGCUUCUUAAAAAGUAUUCCCAGAAAAGGAAGACAUUUAUGAAAAACUGUUAUAGUAUGAUCGGAGGCUUGUGCAUGGGGCUUUCAAUGUGUGUACUAUUUAUUGAGAUUGUUAAGAUGUUCGUUGGCCGUCUGAGACCUCAUUUCUUUGCUGUGUGUCAACCGAACUUCACUGCUACUAACUGUUCAAGGACAUUUGUUACAAGCUAUACAUGUCAAGGAAAACAUCUGGAAAGUGUGCUAGAUGCAAAGAAGUCCUUUCCAUCCGGACACAGCGGUGCUGCGUGGUAUAGCAUGACGUACUUGAUAAUAUACAUACAGAUUCGAGUUCGUCGGCACUGGCCAAUGCUUCGUGUGGCCUGCCCAAUGCUGCAGUUGGUAGCCAUUUGUCUGGCCGCUUACAUCAGUAUCAGUCGUCUCCAAGACUACAAACACCACAGCGGUGACGUCAUUGGCGGCGGUAUCAUUGGCACAAUUUUCAGUGUCAUUGUUAUGUAUCAAAAUUCUAAGAUCAGACAGGGUUUUCGUCAACACUACGAUGAAGCAAACUUCAGUGAAACUAUGGACACAAUAAUCUGUAAGGAGCUUCAACAGGCCAAUCACAUAUCCACAGAAAAGACGGAGUCUAAUGGCCAAGCAGGGUAUUGGAGGGAAGCACCAUGAAUGCUACGGACGUUUGGUCUUUGUCUUGAUGUUGCGACUUCAAAUCUUGUUGGUGCUUUCCCCGAAUUUAUUAACCAAUCUAGUAUUCCGAUGCAUAUAAUAUUAGGCAAUAAAGGUCCCAGUAUAUGCAAUAUUGACCAUUGACGGUUCCAUGACUGUAGUAUUAACCAAUGAAUGUCCCUAUGUGUGUACUACAGGCCAAUCAAAAUCCCCAUGCACGUACAGUUUGUGCAAUGAAUUUUUGAACAUUAUGCUAAUAUGAUUGUCCCGUUGUUAGCAGAUAAAUGAAUGACGAGCGAUAGCGCGUCAUGAAAAUUUGUUUGAUCACGUGAUUUAAAACAAUGUGGGUAAGAUUUGAAGGGAAUUUCUAUUCAUAUGAGUAAGUUUGAUGCGAUAGUUGUCGAACAGCCUUGGCUGCUUUAUGUGAAUGUGAUUGGUUAGUUUUAGCAUUGUGAUGUCACAAAACAUUCACAAUUGAUGAUUAUCUCCAGAAAUGUACGUUUUUACUUCAAGGAAAUAAUAUUGUAAUGGUAUAAACCAAUGAAGAAUCUCAAUGUAUGUAUUAUUAACCAAUCAGCGUUUCUUAUACAUGUUAGACUCUGAUUAAUGUGAAAUAUUUAUGUUUAGACAAAUAGCAACUGUUUGUAGUAUCAGUCAUCCAUUCCUACACUUUAUAAAGCAAAUAUCAUUUUUAUCUCCUUCAGAUGAACUCUGUUUAUGCAGAAAUAAAGACCAAUGAAGUAU